GCUGGAAGAGCAAUCAAGACCAAGAUGAAAUUUUGGAAAUUUCCAAAGAGCAAUCAAUACCAAGAAUGGCAGUCGGUUUUCAGUAUUGCCAAAAAAUAUUUGGUAUAGUUUACAUGCUACUCAGUUUGGUUGAUGAAAUAUAAUUAGUUGUCUCAUUUAUCAGAAAAUUCACUUAUCCCGGGAUCUUUACGAAUUUACCGAACCACACCAAAUUGUUUGGUUUUGGGUAUUAAGUGUCGUAAAAUGCAAAAUGAUAUUUCUGUUUUCUAAUUUUCGGUUUGCUGAAUGCACAGGCCUUUUGGCUGUGGAUAUUGGGCUUAGAUACUCUUUCAGAAAUCCAAGAAAUGGAUCGUAGAAGUUCAAAACCGUAGUAAAGGUACUGUCAAGCCCAUCCAAUACAUUUUGUUUCCGUACAUUGCUGCCAGCUAAGAAUUAUUAAUGCUAAUACGUCAAAUGAGUUGGCGAGUUGGUGGAUGGAUAAGUCAGAAUUUAUUGCAAUUGACUGUCGACCGUAUCACGGCAGAUUUUCUCACCAUUAUAUAACACGCAUUCUCCGUGCACCAAUUCAUUCACCAUAUCUCCAUGUCUCUCUGCUUUCAGUUUUCUUCCCAUCAUUUUCUCUGAUUUAAGGCUUUUGCUUUAUUUUUGGUUGAAAAUCGGAUGAGAUUUGUGUUAAUAUUUAGUUAUCCAUGAAGAAAUAUCCUCUGCUGGAAAUAUGCAGAGGAACGAGCUCAAUUUUAAGGAAAAGAAGCGACUCAAACAACUGUCAUCACUGCCACAAUAAGGACAAAGAAAAUUUCCUACAGAUUCGGCGACGCAGUUUUCGUACCUGCUGGCUGCCCUCACCAAGCUAGAAAUCUAAAGUCGUGCACAAGUAUGUCUAUCGACUUUGUUUCAGCAGAAAGUGUCGGUGAGUGCAUCCGCCUGUCAAUGGAAUAUCGGUCGACUCCCUCACAAUCAUAGUUCUAAGGAAGACAAAUUGCAGGUGAAGGGAUUGGUUCUCAGCGCUGUACUUGGACAAGAUUGAUGCGUAAGUCAUAUAUGCUUGUUAAACAUAUGUCUUUGAUACGAUACGAUGUUAAUUCAUUUUAUUUUAUUCUUUACCAGUACUACGUUAAGAAGUCCAUUUGCACCGUACGCCAGAAUCCAGCUCAGCAAGGGGAGAAACCUAGUGUUUCACAAAUGAGGAGGGAGUUGGAGCGGAUGAAAUCGGCUCUCGAAACGAAAGGCCACCUUUUUCAACCCCAUAUGAAAGACUAUCUCUUAAAAGAGAUUCAGCGCCUCAUUGACAAAAUAAGCUUCAGUAUGCUCUUUCAGAUAUGGUACAUUUGCACCCUCUAUACGCAUCGGAAUGUACAUCGGAACCCUGCGCUGACGAAAAGGAAUGUGUUGGCAGUUUAAUCUCUCCUCACUAAAUUCCCAUAUGUGGAAGUGCAAUACCCAUGCCAACCGUCGCCGCCGUCACCCGCCAUUAUCCUCCGCCGCCGUGGGAGGAGGAGACUGCGAAGGCGGCGAUGGAGCUGGUGAAGAAAGAAACACACAUGCCAACAACAGAGCUCUGAUUGUUGAUUUGCUGCGGGCCUUUAAAGGAUGGCUAUUUCCAGAUUGAAUAUGGGGCAUGAUCGAGAGGUGGCGAGAGAUGUAUUUUCAGAAUCAGUUAAGAGAACGUGGUGCUCUGACUGAGAAAACAAUUGAAAACCAAGAUUUAUCAAGGCAAUUAAUUUCGGGGAGUUAAAAUGAUGCCAUUGAGAAGUUCAAAUGGAGAAACAUCUUCUGCUGGAAAUAUGCAAAUGAACGGACACAACUUAAAGAGGAAAAGCAUCGACUCGACCAAUUGCCAUCAAUGUCAUAGAAACGACAAAGAAAAAGUCGUGCGAUGCACCAAGUGCAAGCAUAGGGGUUAUUGUAUUCUCUGUAUCAAUAAAUGGUACAAAGGGCUGCAAGAGGCAGACUUUGCUGAAGCAUGCGCAGGCUGUCGCAAAAUUUGCAACUGUACAGCUUGCAUACAUUCUGAUUUGGAGAAUAAAGACAUGUUCAAACCAGACUUGCAGCUUGACAUCAACAAAAAGGUCGAGUACUCAAAAUAUAUUAUUAGAGUACUUCUUCCUUCUUUUAGGAAGUUUGUUGUUGAGCAGAACAUAGAAAGAGAAGAAGAGGCAAGAAUUCAAGGUGUUUCAGUUGCGGGACUUCAGCUUCCGAAAGCCAACUUUAUCCAGGGCAAUAAAGUCAAAUGCGACAACUGUAAGACUGCAAUAUUCGAUAUCCACAGAAGUUGUCUAAACUGCACGUACAAGCUCUGUGUAACUUGUUGCCGAGAGAUAAGGAAUGGCUUCCAAUGGGGAAAUGACAAAUAUCACGUUCAUCAUGGGGGUCGUACUUUUACAAGCAAUGACAGAUUUUCUGCAGCAGCCUGUUGUUCUAUGGACCACACGAGUUUUACUUCUGAAUGGAAGAUGAUAGACAGAGGUACCAUAGUUUGUCCACCUGAAAUUAUGGGGGGAUGUGCUCAUGGGAAUAUGGUGUUAAAAUCCACAUAUCCAGAUAACUGGGUAUCGGAACUGCUAAUUAAAGCAGAGUCCAUAGAUCUCGAGGUGGGUGAAAUUUCUGAACAAGCAUGCUCAUGUUCAGGGAGUGAAGUCUGUAAUUUCCGUUGUCCCACAGUUGUGGGCGUUGACCAAAAGCACUUCCAACGGCACCUAUAUAAAGGUGAGCCCGUGAUAGUCCCUGACGUGCUCAGCAGGACGACUGGGUUGAGUUGGGAGCCAUUAGUCAUGUGGCGUGGUUGCCGCAAAUCUAGAAGGACUAAUGAUGCUCGCAUUCUGGAAUUCAGCGUAACGAAUUGCGUAAAUUGGUGCAAGGAAACUAUAAACAUGCACCAAUUUUUCAACGGGUAUUCUGAAGGCCUCUUGGACAGUGAAGGCCGGCCCAAAAUUAUGAAGUUGGAGGAUUGGCCUCCAACUGAAUCCUUUCAAGAACGGCUGCCUCGGCAUUUCGUAGAGUUCAUUAGAUGCUUGCCUUUCAAGCUAUACACACAUCAAGCUGGCUACCUCAACAUGCCAGCGAAAGCACCAAAAAAGUCGUUGAAGCCGGAUUUGGGUCCAAAAAUAUGCUUUGCUUAUGGAGUUAAUGAGGACCUUGGCUUCUGUUCUGCAACCAAGCUUCAGUAUGCUCUUUCAGAUAUGGUCAAUGUCUUGAUGCAUACAGCUGCAACGUCUCUUAAUCCGGAUGAGCUUUCAACAAUAGUGGAGUUAGGAAGGAAGCACAUUGCCCAAGAUCCAGUGGUAUUUUCUGUAAGCACUGGGAAAGCAUAUCAAGAUGCCACGAGGAAUCAACAAUUUGAAAGGGAAAGUAAAAAUAAAGGGAAGGAAAAAUUUGAUCCUUCAACCUCAGGAAACAACGAUCAAAGCUUCGAUGAACAAAAAUGUGGUGCUAUCUGGGACAUUUUUCGGAGGCAAGAUGUUCCUAAGCUGGAACACUAUCUUCGGAGGCAUUACGGAGAGUUCAGGCGUGUCGUCCCUUUGCAGCAACUGGUUCAUCCUAUUCACGAGAAAGCAUUUUACUUAACAAUGGAGCAUAAAAGGAAGCUGAAAGAUGAAUAUGGAAUUGAACCAUGGACCUUUGUCCAGAGAUUAGGCGAUGCAGUUUUGGUACCAGCUGGCUGCCCUUACCAAGCAAGAAACUUAAAGUCGUGUACGAGUAUGUCCAUCGACUUUGUUUCAGCUGAAAGCGUCGGUCAGUGCAUCCGCCUAUCAACGGAGUAUCGGCGUCUCCCAAAGAAUCAUAGUUGUAAGGAAGACAAGCUGCAGGUGAAGGGAUUGGUUCUUAGUGCUGUCUGCCAAGCUGUGCAGUACGUGGACAAGAUUGAUGCUAUUGCGCUAAGAAGUCCAUUUGCACCCCCCUUUGAGCAUGGGAACGUACGCCAAAAUCCAGCUCAGCAAGAGGUGAGACCUAGUAUUUUGCAAAUGAGGAGAGAGUUGGAGCGGAUGAAAUUGGCUCUUGUAACGAAAGGCCACCUUUUUCAAUCGCAUAUGAAAGACUAUCUCUUAAAAGAGAUUACGCUCCUCACGAACAAAAUAAACUCCACUGCUGGCUCUUCAUCUUAGUCACACCAUUUUCAAUGGCCUGUUAGCAGUGGAUAUUGGGUUUAGGUGCUCAUGAGAAGUUCACGAAACGUAGUAAGAUGAGCUGGCGUGGCUUGGCGUGGCUGGAUAAGGCACAAUUUAUUGCGAAUCGCUGCAUUGACUGCCGGCCUUAUCACGUUACCAAUGAGGGAAAAUUCAGACGAAGCGCCCCAAUCUGAAGGGGAGAUACAUAUACCUAGUCUUGCAGAAGUGGAGAGGGAGUUGAAGAGGAUGAAACUGAUUCUCGAAACAAAAGGCCACCUUAUUGACCCUCAUAUGAAAGCCUAUCUUUUGCAAGAGAUUUUGAGCCUCCUUAACAAAGUAAGCACCUCUGCCGAGUCUUCUACGUCUCAGUGACACCAUAUCUACCGAUGCGUUAAUGUUUUUCAUACUAUAAUUUUGAGCAAUAUUAUUUUUUCUUCGUUUUUUUGUGAGUUGUAGUGAGUUUGGCUAAUCAGCUUUGACAUGAAUGAACUUUUGUUUUUUAUUAUAAUAUAUAUCUCUAAUUUCGUAGCAAUAUGUUGUAGCAGUUUCAUCUUUUUCCUACUUUGUAAUUCGUACCAUGAUUUAAUUUUCUUAAUAAUAUAAAACGGAUGGAGUAAAUGUAUUGAAAACUGGAUCGGACGUUGACCCGAACGAGCUAUUGAAUCACGGUUGGAUCGGGUUUUUUUUUU